UCUUGAAAUGUACAGCGUCUUAAGGCAGUCACUUAAUAACAGCGACUCACUGAUACUAGGAGACUUUAACCUCCCCAUAUCGACUGGGCGACACUGUCGGGUACAGAAGGUGAGUCCCAUAGAAUGAUCGAAUUUCUAGAGGAAAAUUAUCUAAGCCAAAUGGUUUCUGAACCAACUCGACAAAAUAACAUACUUGACCUUGUUAUAGCGACCCAAGAUAACCUAGUCAGUAAUGUCACGGUAGGAGAACACCUCGGUUCCUGCGAUCAUAAACUAGUGCGCGUUGACAUUAGAGCUCAAACAUCGGUGACUGAAAAUAAAGUUAAGGUGCCCAAUUUCAAAAGAGCCAACUUCGUAGAAAUCCGACGAAAACUAAUAGAUAUGCAACUAUCAGAUGACGGCAAUGCAGAGGACGCCUGGCUAAACUUUAAAAAUCACCUACUCACUCAGCAGGACACAUUUGUCCCCUUGUGCGAGAAGCGAAUUAACACUAAUAAAAGUCCACCUUGGUUUAAUAGCGAAAUUAAACACUCAGUCAAGGAGAGAAAAUUGUCUUACAGGUUAAAGAAAGACCAAAGCACGCCCGAAAACAUUAGACUUUACAAUGAUGCAAGGCGACGAGUAAAAAGAUUAGUGCAUCAGGCAAAGCGUAGAUAUGAAGAAAAUAUUGCAGCCAACUGUAAAAAUAAUCCGAAAUCCUUCUUCAGUUACAUAAACAACAGAAAGGCGAUCAGAAGUGGAAUUGGACCUUUAACAAACAGCGACGGUGCACUAGUGACUGACAGCCAACACGUUGCAAACCUAUUAAAUAAUUACUUUUCCACGGUGUUUAAUAAUAGCAGUCCUCCCACCACCACCACCAACACCAGUACUAAUGUAAAUCCCGAGCAUGCAUUGUCUAACUUUGAAAUAAAACCCGAUGAAGUCCUUAAAGCCCUCAAAUCACUUAAAACAAAUAAAAGUCCUGGACCUGAUAAAGUAUAUCCAACUCUGCUGAAAGAAACAAAGUGCGAAAUACUCUCCUCCCUCACAACCGUAUUCAAUAAUGUCCUUGCGACAAGGCAUUGUCCCUUCAGAUUGGAAAAAGGCUAACGUCACACCGAUUUUUAAGAAAGGAGACAAAAAAGUACCAGGUAAUUACAGGCCCAUUAGUCUAACUUCGGUUGUAGGUAAGCUACUUGAGGGCAUAAUUAGAGACAAAAUUGUGAGUUACCUUGAAAGCCACUCAUUAAUUGGGGACUCACAACAUGGCUUCCGAAACAAAAGAUCCUGCCUAUCAAAUCUAUUAACCUUUUAUAACGACCUCUUCACUGUUUAUGACGUAACCAAAUCACUGGACGUAGUCUAUCUUGAUUUCCAGAAAGCGUUUGAUAAAGUCCCGCAUCAUAAAUUACUUUACAAAUUAAAGCAAAUAGGUAUUGACGGUCAGGUAAACCAAUGGAUCGCGAAUUGGUUGAGCAACAGACAACAAAGAGUAGUGAUUGACGGAUUUCACUAGUGGCGUCCCUCAGGGCUCGGUUCUUGGCCCAGUGCUCUUCAUUAUUUACAUCAACGACGUGGAUGUUGGACUCAAUAACCGCAUUAGUAAAUUUGCAGACGACACAAAGAUUGGUAACUCGGUUCUCACUGACGAAGACAGGCAAAGCCUCCAAGAGGAUUUGCACAAAAUUUCAGCUUGGUCGGAUAGAUGGGAGAUGCCCUUUAACGUAGACAAGUGCCAGGUCCUGCAAGUUGGAACAAGAAAUAAGAAGUUCGAUUACGAAAUACGCGGCGUUAAACUCACAAGCGUUCAAUGCGUUAAGGACCUGGGGAUCAAAAUCGCGUCAAACCUCAAAUUCUCACAUCAAUGCAUCGAUGCAGCAAAUAAAGC